AUGACGGCCUGCGAAAUUUCUCUCUUUCUCACAGUCUCUCUCUCAUUCUUUAAUUCUCGUCUUCCAGACGACCAUAAUAAGCUUACUCACUUCUUUCUACCUCCUAACUUACAUCAUUUCGGCACAUUUCCUUCAACAAUUUCACUUAUUCAUGGCUUCGCCGUUCAGUUCUGCCGUGGAUUGCUCCUGUUCGUGGUACUGUUUAGUUUGGGUUGUCGAAGCUGUUAUGGAUUCCGGACUGUCGAGUUCGCCAUGCAUCACCGGUAUUCGGAUCCCGUUAAGGGAAUUCUGGGCAUUCACGACCUACCUGCCAGAGGAAGUCGAGAGUACUAUGUGGCUAUGUCUCACAGAGACCGCCUUGUCCGAGGUCGUGGACUCGCCGGUGCGGAUCCAACCGCUCUGACGUUUGCCGCCGGCAACGAUACUCAUCGGAUUUCCUCCUUGGGAUUUUUGCAUUACGCCAAUGUUUCUGUUGGGACACCGCCUGUAUGGUUUCUUGUGGCAUUAGACACUGGCAGCAACUUGUUCUGGUUGCCAUGCAAUUGUACCAAAAUGGAUUGCGUGCAUGCCUUGGAGACGCCAAGAGGACAGAGACUGAAACUUAACAUCUACGAUCCUCAUGCAUCCUCAACAAGCAAGAAUGUUCCAUGUAACAGCGCCAUAUGCAGGCAUAAGAAACAAUGUCCUUCAUCUAACAGCAGUUGUCCAUAUCAAGUUCGCUAUCUUACAAGUAACACAUCAUCAACUGGACUCCUAGUGGAAGAUAUCUUGCACUUAAUUACAGAUGAUGAUCAGGCCAAAGAAGUCGAGGCACGUAUUAAUUUUGGGUGUGGUAAAGUUCAAACAGGUUCCUUCUUGACUGGCGCAGCACCAAACGGUUUGUUUGGGCUUGGUAUAGAGAAUAUAUCAGUUCCAAGCAUACUAGCUAAAGAAGGGCUCACAUCAAAUUCCUUCUCUAUGUGUUUUGGGCAAGAUGGUGUUGGAAGAAUAAGAUUUGGAGAUAAUGGCAGCCAAGACCAAAGGAAAACACCAAUCAACAUUGGAACAUUGCAUCCAAGUUACAACACGAGUAUCACUCAAAUUAUUGUUGGAACAAAAGCAACGGACUCCAAGUUCAAUGCAAUUUUUGACUCUGGAACUUCAUUUACACACCUGAACGAUCCUGCUUAUACAAACAUUACAAGCAGUUUCAAUUCCAUGGUCAAAGGAAAACGUCAUCAAUUUGAUUCUGAUCAUGAAAUUCCCUUUGAAUAUUGUUAUGAAAACACAACGAGCAAUCAGACCAGUUUUGAACCUCCCUCCUUGAGUUUGAAAAUGAAGGGGGGAGACGAUUAUUAUGUUAUUGAUCCACUUGUUUAUAUUAUUGAGGGUGAUGAAACUUUUAGCACUGUGAUUUGCCUUGGCAUCGUGAAAAGUGAUGACGUGAAUAUCAUAGGACAGAAUUUCAUGACUGGCUACCAUAUAGUCUUUGAUCGUGAUAACAUGAUUCUGGGAUGGAAGAAUUCCAGCUGUUAUGAUGACAAGGUCUCAAUUACAUCGGCUGUGAACACCACCCAUUCUCCCGCUGUUUCUCCUGUUGUUUCGCCUGCUGUUUCACCUUCUAUUUCUCCUGCACGUCCUGCAAAACCUGAAGCCAUGAUUAACCAGUCUGAAAGUUCGACGCCGCAGCUAGCCAAUCACCCAUUCAGGAUCAAACCUUUUGUGGCUACGUUUCUACUGGUUCUUUUUCCGGUAUUUGCCAUUUUCUAAUCAUUCUGAUCGAAUCCAAAUCCUCUGAGUCGUAAUUCAGCUAAAAUGAGAAGAGAAGGAGAGCAAGCGGUGAAACUUGAGUUUGACAUUUGAGUCUUUAGGUUCUGCCUCUCCAUCCCUCGUUCUCAUCUAUAUAUAUUGAAAUCCAUUUUUCUUUGAUUUAAAAUUAAUUCAGAGAAUGUUCUUCACAUUCUUAUAUAUUCAGUAUUGUAUUAUUUGAAGUGUAGGGUAAAAUACUAUGGCUGGGUGAAAAAGAGAAGCCUCAUGCUGUUGCUUCACAAAAUUUUUCCCCAUGUAUGUAAAAUAAUGUAAUUGGCAUAGACAUAAAUCAUAUAGAAGAUCCUAUAUUUUCCUAUCGUC